GCUCCCUAAUGAAGGCGUUCUUGGCGGCCCUCCUGUUCGCGUCGGCGUCCGCCCUCAGCCUCAGCGUGCCCGUCGCGGCACGGCCGGCGCUGGCGCGCCGCCCGAGCCUCGCCCGCAUGGCGGAGGGCGCGCCCGAGGCCGAGGCGCCUGCGGCGGAGCCGGCGCCGGCAGCCGAGGCGGAGAAACCACUCGAGUUCCGUGCGGCGGCGUCCGCCGAGCCGGCCAAGCAGGAGUUCGACCUGUCGCAGUACAGCAUAACCCUCUCCAUCUUCUUCCUCUUCGUCGUCGUCAAGACCCUCGCCUACUUUGGCAUUGGUCCGAACGACUGAGCCCCGGCCAAACUGCUCCAGCUCGCCCCGGGCAGCGCCCUCAUCGCCAGCCCUCGGCGCCCUUGCAGCAACAGAAAGCGGGUCGUACGUUGUGCCCAUCACACCGCUGUUGUUGGACAAAAUGUUCUCUGUCGGGUGGUGGCGCACUUGAUGGCGUGCUUGCCGCUGGCGCUGCGCGCGGGGGGAUUACACUCUAUGUGUGUUUUCCCUCUUUUUGAGUUGUGCAUCGAGUUGUCUUGCAUAGUAUGCUCCCGUCCAUUAUCA